CACUAUCAGAACAUUGCUGUCAUGGCUGUUUGGCGAAAAAGAUGGAAGAGACACGUUUUGGUAGGGGUAGUAAAUGCUGUGCCUUUAGCUUUGUGGACAAGCAAUUAUCUGAUAGAAAUUGUACAUGGGCGACUUAAUGAAGCUGAUCAGCCUUGUAAAAUGCCGUUCAACUGAACACGGUGUGACAUGAGAUUACGACCCUGGCACAAUGCUUGGUAGAAACUUUGAAUCUCAGCAAAUGAUGAUUCAAUAUGGGUCAGGACAGUAAGCUAGGAAUAGAUGAUGUUUGAAAUAUGCAUAAAUGGGGAGGUUAUUAAUUAUCUCAUAAUCAGGGAUUUGAAAGAUCUGAGGGGACAAGGAGCUUGUUGGUUAACUUCAAGAAUAGUGUUACCAAUGUACAAGGUUGCUUAUAAAAUAAACAAUGAAACGGCUGUGGGCUGUUAUGAAACAUAUGAAGUUUCCCGGAAAGUGGGCAAAACAGCUGAAAACAUGACUUCGCUUGAGCUGGAAAACCGCCGUCUUUCAGAUGCAUUUCAUUCCUCAUUACCUUCAGAACUGUGGUUGGCCAUUUUAAAGAACUUAAAUCCUGUUUGCGACGAUCUCUUAUCUCUAAGCUUAGUAUGUAAGAAGUGGCGAGAAAUCAUAUUUGCUAACCCUGAUCCUGCACUUUGGCAAAACAUUACACUGGUGAAUUUCAGAAACUGCAGCCACGAGAACAUAACCCUAGUGAGAUUCCGAAACGUUCUCAAAAGAUUUGGUCAUCUUUUGAAAGUCAUUCGGCUUCAGAAAUGCCACGAAUUGUUCUCUGAGAUGCUCCUCGCUCAUGUUUCUUAUCUGAAAGCUUUGACUAGCCUUGAAAUAAGUGGAAUGAUAUGGUCGAAAAAACUACUUAGAAUGUUAAGAUGCUCAAAAUCCCUCAAGAAUUUAUUUUUGGAGGCCUCCUUAACAUCAGAAGGACUGUUCAACCAAGAUGAUUUGCAGUACACAGUAGAAGAUUUUCCACAAGUGAAAACCUUUGGCUUGCAAUUUUCAGUUAUCAAGGGUGAUUCUGUAGCUACAGUUAAGGGUAUCAUGUCUUCCAAGUACAGUCACCACAUAACUUGUCUUUUGCUAGAAAGGGUGAAAAUGGAGUCUGCUGAUCUGCAUGAUGUGGUGAAGAAAUUAAAAGGACUGAGAAAAUUUGGCUAUGGCAAUGAUCAAAUUUAUGGUCUUCCAUCUCGGCAUCUUCUGCAGUUAAACUCUAAAUCACUGCUGGAAGUUGAGCUUUUCCAAGUGGGGGAUUUUGCAAAAUUUCAUCUAGUAUUUCCAUGCCUGAAAAAACUAACCAUGAAUGCAUGCACAUCUGUCAGUGAAUUGAACAUUGAGGCACCGGCAUUAAGAACUCUGCAUUUCUCACUAUGUGUUGAAGUGCACAACUUCAGAGGAAUUUCAGCCAGCUUCUUGCAUGAGAUGAAAGUCAGAAGAUGCCAUGCACUCACCCAAGCUGAACUUAUUGGUCUUUUGAUUAGAAAUCCAGAUGUCAAAGUGUUGGAGCUUGAGGUGUCUUGGCCAACUUUACGGCUUGACCAUAUUUCUACUCCAUCACUCGAAAACAUUACCAUAUAUGACAAUGGUGAACGUUUGACAUCUGUUGAUGUCCGUUGUCCUAAACUUCAACAGUUCAUUAUCAAGAAGUCAAUGACAAGAUCAACCAUCUUGAUAGCUGUGUCAAUAUUGUCAAACAGUGUCAAGAAGGUUGUACUUAAUGAUGUACCCUAUCUCCGAAAAGUCAGCAUUGAUGCCGAUACAGUCAAAUAUUUAGAAGUGAACUUUGAAAGAAGGCUAGACCAUGUGAAACCAGCAGAAUUCACAAGGCUGUAUUUCAAGAAUAAAUCACAUCCAGUGAAAAUUGACCAUUUGAUUUUAAAGCAAUGCAAUCUCAAUGCAAUUCUCUUUACUAGUGGUAAUGCACAUCAUAUAUCACUAGAAUACUGCAACCUUGAUUGCCCAAUAGGUGAAAUGAUCCAGCAGUGUGGCUUGGUGGAGUCUCUGACUUUGAAGAAUUGUUAUGGCCCAUGUCAACUCAAUCUGAGUGGUGCACACCUAAGAGAGGUUCAUGUUGUAUCAUGUACAUCACUACUUAUGGACCACAUCAAUUUAUCAUGUCCCUCUCUUGUGGCACUAAACGUCUCAGGACUGUCCUUUUUACCCAGUCAAGAAGAAGUUGACCUCAUUACUGGUAAUUUUAGAGAGAUUUCUCCUUUUCUGGGAUCUGUUAAAUUUUCUCACUAAUUCUAUGCAUUGUUAGCUUAACUUUGUGCCAAAGAUUAGUUGUGGAAUAGCGAGGAAGUAAGUUCUAAAAUUAAAACUCAGUUUGACUGUGCUUAAGAUUUUAAUUUAUUAUCAAUGGUAUUUAAUCAUAUGAAAUAUUCAUUACAAGUAAUCUUUUACAUUUUAUUUAUGUCAUGUUUCAAAAAAUAGCAUAAUUAAAACCUUGGUAUAAAUUUCA